UUGAGUGGUCAAGUGCCGCUGAAAAAUCUAAGCCAGCAAUUUAAUCAAGCUUACAAUGAAAAUUGGUAAAUAUAAUUUUUUUAUAUUAUUAUUAUUAUUAUUAUGUGUAGUAUCACGUAUUUGUUGUAUGAAUUGGUAAAUAACCAGUUUUCAAAUCUUUAUAGGAACUAUUCUCAAAACUCGCCAGUGGUACCAAAUAUGGAUGUUGGUCAAUCCUCUCAGUUCGGUGGAGUUGAUCAUUCUCCACACCAUGACAGUGCUUAUGAACAACAGAGGAUGAAUGCACUUGAUAAUGAAGAUUUUCCUAAUUAUUAUGAGUCAUCAUCAAGUGAUGACGAUGAAAUAACUAAUAAUGCAGAGGUAACUGAUGAUGAAAAUGAUGAUGAUGUUCAAGUUGGUAUGACCAACAAUAUUCCUCAAAGACAAAACCAACAAGAACCAAUGCACCACCACGUACCACCACCGAUGACUGAAAACUCAACUUCUGAAAGCCCAAUUCAGUGGCAUUCUAACAAUAUCCCUUAUCUUGACGGCAGUAGGUCGUGA